CAAAUUUGCGACUUCAAAACACAGUUGUCACGGCUGUUCGCCACAAUAGGGAAGGAAGCAUCAAUCGAACUAGUAUCGUAACCGAGCGCAAACAGGGCCUGAUUUGGCGACUUGGCACUUACAUCUCCAAUAUUGAUCGCUCUUAGUCAUUACGGUCUUGAUUUCGACAAAAAGCCCCGGCUCAGAAUCCGAUCCGAGCAGCCGGAUGAAUGUCGGUCAAGGGUGACCACCUCAAAGAUGAGGGCUCCCGUCUGCAGGUGACCGCCGCCGGCGCCACAGCCGGUCUAAUCUCUCGCUUCGUCAUCGCGCCCCUCGACGUAGUCAAGAUCCGGCUGCAGCUGCAAACGCACUCGCUCUCGGAUCCGCUCUCACAGCGCGACCUCCGCGGCGGCCCCAUCUACAAGGGCACCCUUCCCACGCUCCGGCACAUCGUCCGCCACGAAGGCAUCACCGGCCUGUGGAAGGGCAACGUCCCCGCCGAGCUGCUGUACGUGUGCUACAGCGCCGUGCAGUUCACGACCUACCGCUGGACGACGCUCCUGCUGCACUCGGCCUUCGGCAACAACGCCCUGCCGCAGUCCGUCGAGUCCUUCGUCGCGGGCGCGGCCGGCGGCGGCGCGGCCACGGCGGUUACGUACCCGCUGGACCUGCUCCGCACGCGCUUCGCGGCACAGGGCAUCGAGAGAGUCUACACCGGCCUGUGGCGGGCCGUGGUCCAGAUCCAGCGCGAGGAAGGCGCACGGGGCUUCUUCCGCGGCCUGGGCCCGGGGAUGGCGCAGAUUGUGCCGUACAUGGGCUGCUUCUUCGCCGUGUACGAGACGCUGCGGCCGCAUCUGAUGGGGCUGGAUCUGCCGUUUGGUGGCGGAGGUGCGGUGGCGGGGACGAUUGCCAGCGUGAUGGCUAAGACGGGAACGUUCCCGUUGGAUUUGGUCAGGAAGAGGAUACAGGUGCAGGGCCCGACGCGGAGCAGGUACGUGCAUAAGAAUAUCCCGGUGUAUGAGGGGACAUUGGGGGCGAUGAGGACGAUUGUGAGGACCGAAGGCGUGAGGGGGCUGUACAGGGGGUUGACCGUCAGCCUGUUCAAGGCGGCGCCGGCGAGCGCGGUCACCAUGUGGACCUACGAGCGGGCGCUGCGGUUCUAUACCGGGCUUGGACAGAGGCAGGAGCAGAGGAUUUAGAAGAGCUGUACGAGGACAUAAGAUACCCUAGACGAUAGGCUGUACACCAGUGUAACACAAACAUGAAUAGAGUUUCCGGGUUGAUGACACCCACCGGAAGUAGUAUCUUAUUCAUCCCAAAGCAAAUAUUCUC